AUUAAAUUCAAUAUUCAUGAACUUGUAGCUGACGUUCUACCUGAACAGGUGAUAUCAGUAGUUGACAUUUUUACCUGUGUUGAUAAUAAUCCACGUACAGGUGUAGCGUUACACCCAAUACACACUAUCCAUCCCUCACAGACGAGGAGAACUGGUGGCAACCCAGGGUGUUUCUGCAGUAUACUGUGGUAGUGCACCGAAUGACCCUAAUUAUACCAGGACAGUACAAAAUGUACGGAUAGGGAGAACUUUAUUGUUUCACUAGCUCUGAUAUACCUUCAGUGCUCAUCUAUUAUGUAAAGGGCAAAAUAAGUGAAAGUUCCGCACUCCCUGGAGCGCCCACCCUCGGCUAGCACAGCCAAAGCUGGCCACAGGACCCAGAUUAGGGCGUUCCAGACCAACUCCAGUCCUGUGUAUAAGACUCAGUCGGAUACUAACAUCACAGACAGGAUGAAGGGUCUCUCUAUCAAGGACAAGGUUAACAACAAAAGUCCACUUAAAAAUGGGAGGUCCUUCAUGAGUACUGUCGGGGGAGCGGGCAACGUUCACAUCAAGGCGCUGAAUGAUGUGGCCAAUCUGCUGAAAAAUGAUGCCUGUAAAAAUGUAGUAGUAGUGGCAGGAGCUGGCAUCAGUACACCAAGUGGCAUCCCAGACUUCAGGACUCCAGGAACAGGUUUAUACGACAACCUAAAGCAGUACAGGAUUCCCUACCCAGAGGCCAUCUUCGAUAUUGAUUACUUCCAUCACAACCCUAAGCCAUUUUUCACACUUGCCAAGGAAUUGUAUCCGUCAGGAAAGUAUCGGCCAAACUACAUCCAUUACUUCGUCAGGCUGUUGCAUGACAAGGGCAUGCUACUCCGAAUGUACACCCAGAACAUUGAUGGACUGGAGAGAUUGGCGGGAUUACCAGCAGAGAAACUGGUGGAGGCUCAUGGGACAUUCGCAUCUGCGACCUGCACUAUUUGUGGUUAUUUGCAUGAAGGAUCGAUGGUCAAGGAGCCUGUGUUCGCGGACAAGCUUCCCUUGUGUAAGAAACGUGGCUGUCCGGGAAUUGUGAAACCAGAUAUUGUGUUCUUUGGCGAGGAUUUACCCAAACGAUUUUACUUCUACCUGAAGGAUAUGUUACAGGCUGAUCUAGUCAUUAUAAUGGGUACUUCUUUGGGGGUCCAGCCAUUUGCUGGUAUUGUGGACACAGUCAGAUGGACGGUACCCAGGGUCCUGUUUAACAUGGAGGCUGUAGGACCGUUUAGGAAUAGUAAACGUGCCAAGGAUGUGGUGGCUGCAGGUGACCUUAUCAAGAGCAUGCAGAACUUCACCGAGAUGGUCGGCUGGAAAUCUGACAUAGAAGACCUCAUCAUCAAAUCUGAAGGAGUUCUCAAAAUUUGUGACCAGGAGUACUUGAAAAAUACAGCAAAGCGUUUGAUGGAAUUCAGGAGAAAAAAGCCACCCCCUCCAACAAGGAACACUUUUUUCCGAGCAAGUGCUGUGGAAUCUGAUUCAUCAUCGGAGACAGAAUCUGAUGACUCUAGUGACUCUUCCUCAGAUGAUGACAUACCUCGUCGGAGGAAAAACAAAAACUUUGCAUGGAAUCGGACACGAAAACCUACAGAUUUUAGUAAAAAUGGAUUAUCGAAUGGUAUUCAUAGCAAUGGGGCACGUCGUAAUGGUGUUCCUGUUGAUCUGAGGACAAAGAUUAACAAUAACAGUAAUGACGGUUCAAGAAACUACAGCACAGUGUCAGCUCCGACCUCCUCGAGGAUGGAUAAAAAUGUGGCUAAUGGUGUAGCGAACAGUAAAGUACCUGCUGUUACGAUACGGAAAAAGGCUGGUACACCAAGUGGUAUGAGUUCAAAUCCCGGUAUAAAGUUAGAGACUGGAUCAGGAUCUAUUCCAAACAGUACUGCGGGAGUCUCUAAGAAAAUGCAGGCAAGAAUUCGUAGGAGUACAUCAGAUAAAUUAUUUGGUACAAAAACUCCAACUGGUACUAGUUCAGGUUCAAAAACGCCUACAGGUUCAAAGACACCUGUAAAUUCUAACAAUAACCAUGACAGGCGCCUACGACCUUUGACUGGCAAAGGUAAAAGGUCACCUAAACCUGACAACAGUACCAAACAGGGAAAUGAAAACGAGAAAAAUAUCAAACAAGAAAAUUUUGAUGUAGAAGCAAAAGAAAACAAAGUGAUUGUGAACGAUGGUAAACCUCCUCGACCCAAAAAACCUCCAGUCACCAAGGAGCUUAACUCUCUAAAUGCAAAGCCAUAUGGGUUUUCAACUCCACGGAAACUUCCAGCACGACCAACUGUGGCUUCUAAUGUAAUCGGAGGGCCAAAGCCUCAUCCUGCAAGUUAUUAUCAGGACGUGUUAUCAGGCAGGACAGACAUUCCCAAAAUAUCCUAUCGGCAUCGGCUACAGCCUUCCAAUACUUAUGAUGCACGGAUAUUUUCAUAUAGGGGUGUAAUUUCGUCUUCCUCCGAGGAAGAAUCUAACAGCGAUUCUUCAGACUCGAGGUGACACACAAGUAUUUAGUGGUUGAAAAUUAAAACUUUAUUUUUUUUUUAUUUUUUUUUUCAAUGAAACAAUUACUAGUAACCCUUUUCUCCUUAUUGAAAUGUUUUAAUUUUAUGAAUUACCUGAAAUAUUAAGCAUAAAUGUCAAUUAGCAUGUUUAUGAAGGAGAGUCUCAGUAUGGUGCAUAUUGUACCUGUACAUCUACCGUUUAAUUAAACAGGUAAAAUUGUAUGUAAAGAAUACCUACAUCAACUUACAUAAUGUGAUGGUACUUAUCAUUGAUUAGGUAUGUUACGUUAAUGCUGAAAACAUGGUAAAAAUUGAAAAUUGAACGAGUACAAGUGGAAAUAUAUAUUCAAUUCCGAUUUAGUCUUAUGAAGUAUGAAGCUAUAUUCCCAUAAUUUCAAAGACAUCAUUUAAACAUCAUCUAGUCAUCUUGUAGUCAGUCUUCAUUUAAAUCAGAAAAAUAUUGAAUUUAGAUUCAUUCUUGUGAACGUUAACAUGUAUUUCUUACAUUUUAGUAAGAUAUUAAAAAAAUGUUUAAAUCAUAUUUUUAAAAUAACAAUACUGGUAUUGGUGAUAUUUUUGCUAUGUUUUACAGCUAAAAACAUACAUGUUUUUAUCCUAAAUGAAGAAUAGAAGCAAAAUAUCUUCCCGAGUAUACAAAAUUUUCGCGGUUGAAUAUUGUAUAGCAUUAAACAUUCCUGGGCUGGUUCCAAGCUUACCAUGUUGAUAAGAUGGUGAAGUGUUCUAACUGUGACUAGGUUUUAAAAAUUAGUAUUUCCUCUCAAAAAAUUACUAAAUAUUGUAAGUUUUCAAAAGAUCAUGCAAUUAAUUUUUUUUUUUUUUUUUUGGCAGCAGUAGUUGAAGAUUGCAUCCAUUGAAAGUCACAUGAUGUUUAAUUAUUAGGGUUUUAAAAGCACAAGUCAUCAAAACUACACAGGUUAAUAACGGUAAAGAGAGUAUAUUUAUGUAGGGAUGCUACAACAACUGGUGGUCAAGGGCAUAUUCUAAAUAGAGAACACUUCCAUAUACUGGUAUAUCUAUGGUUUCAUAUAUUAAAUGUUUCAAAAUUGAUGUUAUCUUUUGAAUAUUUAUGAAAUCAAAUCUUCUGAAUAUUUAUGAAAUGAAACCUCUUGAAUAUUUAUGAAAUGAAAUGAAGCAAAAAUAUGAAUAUAUUUUGAAGAAUAUUUGGGGUGAAGUAUCUUCACACAUGUUCAAUUGUUGAGGUUAUAAAUGUUAAUAUAUUAACUGGUUCCCUGUUAAAAAUCAUGUAAAUUGUUUUGUUACAUUAGAUUUUACCCUAGUUGUUUAUAUAUAAGAUGUUCUGUGAUGAUUGUAUAAUGAUUGCCUUCCCUCCCGUAGUGCCAUGUAUGUACCCACUUGUGAAAAGAAUUAUUGUUUGUCUGAAAUUUUGCAUAUUUACCUUAACAUCUCUUGGGGUCACUGCCUGGUGACCUUUGUACACAGAGUAAUUUGAAAAGUAAGUUUUAUCUUCGAGAAUUCAGAUCAGGUCUUAAGCGAUAGGAACAGUCUUGGCAUAUUUUACUUGAUAGAUAAGUAAAGGGAAAAAAUUAAUUGUUCGUGAAAAAACUCUUUAUAGAAAAGGAUUUAUUUGUAAAGACCGAUCAACUCUUAGGGAAGUGUAUUGAAUGACCUUCAUGUGACCUCUGUACAAGUUGAAUGUAAGAUUACGAUUAGAGAAUGUAAGAUUACGAUUAGAGAACACUUCUUGGGUAGAUUAAGUGAUACCUAUACAAAUUGAAUGUAAGGUGAUGCUUAUACAGUACAUGUAUUGGCCCCUUUUAGGGGAUAUUUAGUGACCUUGAUGUGACCUCAGAUUGAAUGUUAGGUGAUGUUUAUUGGCCCCUUUUAGGGGACGUCUAGUGACCUUGGUGUGACCUCUGUACAAGAUGAAUGUAAGGUUAUAAAUAGAACACUGUUUAAGAGUAGAUAAAGUUUUACUUAUACAGAUUGAAUGCAAGUUUGUGUGUAUAGUGACCCAUUUUAGGAGAUAUUUAGUGACCUUCAUCUGACCUCAGUAUUGUUCUUCCCGAUAGUAACCUAUUAUAACAGCCAUAAUCCAGUGUCUACCGUAAAUAUCAUCAAUGUUGGCCAUGUUUAACUCACAGGAGAAUCAUGUGUGCUGUUUUUGUUCAUUCCCCAUCAUUUGUUAAUAGUUUUACAUUUUUAACUAAACUUUCUCUGAAUUUCAUUGAGGAAUGAUUGCUUUAUGACGUUGAUAAGUUGUUUCUUUGAUAAACUACAUAGCUAUGAUUCAAAUGAUGACCCAUCAGUUAUCAUCUAAUACUGUAUAAUGUGAAAUGUUUGUGGUCAUUUUUUUUUUGUGGUUUGGGUACAAACUUUCGUGGUUAGCCCAUGUAACAGUAACAUGA